ACGCCAAACAUUCCGCGGGGUGGUAGCCCGGUUAAAAUUGCAUAAACAAAAAGCUGUUUAGUUUCUUCGUUAUCAGCAAGUUAAUUUAAAAUCUUUUCACGCGCCAAUGACCGGCCUACAAUCAUUACUUUUUAAGCCUUCCGCGACAAUUCCGGCUCAGUUCCCUUCCAGCCGCGAAGCGAGCCAGCCGUGAUUUAUAUCCGAGGGUGUAAUAUGUAUUUUUUGCACAUCGCGCUGCAACUAUUGUGUAUUUGCCAAUUAGAUUAACAAGUCAUAAUUGAGCCACCGCUGCUGCCAUGCGACUUGCCGACAUUGACGGAUCAAAUAGCUCAUCUAGAAAGCGUAAACUCUUGGACAGUGGGAAAAUGCAUGUGCGGUCGGAUUCCAAAGAUGGGCAUAAGGCAGGAAAGGCGAAAGAGGAGUCUUUCUUAGAUCCGGAGAAAUACUUGGAGCAUUUGCUGAUCGACGGCAGUCAGGAGGGCGACAGCGGGGAGGAACUGGAGUUGCCGCCAUGGUUCGAUGAGAAGCUGUUCAGGCGUGGACAGAAUUAUUUCAGCGAAUAUCGCUUUGUGAUGAAUGCAGGAAUGCUGGCGGGACUCAUUGCCGUUUUGGCUGUUCCCUCGAUUCUUCGGGUGCUCUCGUGCACACGCCAAUCAUCGACAGCGUUCACCGCUUACCGUCGCUACGUGCGCACCAUUUUCCACACGCAAGCCUGGUACAACAACGACAUAUCAGAUCGGAGCAGCCGUUUCUGGACUAGCAUUGCGGCUGUUAGGCGGGCACACUCCCGCUCCAGUCAUGCCUGUGCCCGUCGGGGAGCCGGACAGAUAACACAGAAGGAUUUGGCCCUGACCCAGUUUGGUUUCAUUGGAUUCAUUACAAUGGGGGCUCAUCGAAUUCAGUUGUACGACGAAGACUUCCUGGAGGCCACUUCGCACAUGUGGCGUGUUCUUGGCCAUCUACUAGGCAUUAAGGAAGAGUACAAUAUCUGCGGCAGGAAUUGGUCGGAGUCAAAGCCGCGCUUGGACAUUGUCAUGCGGAAGGUGUAUGAGCCAGCUUUGGAAAAUACCAGUGAGGAUUUCCACCAAAUGACAGCGGCCCUGAUAAAUGGACUGUGGCACAUUAAUACCAUGCUCUCGGUGGACGCCAAUAUAUUCUUUACGAAGCGACUGGCAUGCGUAAAGGGAUACGAGUACUACAGCUUCGAUCACAGCAACGGGGUUGUCAGGGAUCCUCAGCAAAAACUGCACUACUACGACAUGGGAUGGUGGGAUCGCUUUAUUGUCAGCUACGGCUUGUUUAUUGUCACCUACCUGCACAGGUACGCCGUCGUGCGGUGGUAUUUGAACUUUCGCAUCUGGAUGGUGGACGUGCUUACCUAUUACUUGCCCUAUAUCGCCAUUUGGAAGUUUGGCUUCAAGUCUGCCUAUGUGCGCAUCUUUCGAAGCGGAGGAGAGACCCAAGAUUUUGCCAUGGGACUCAAGGACGAUUAGAUUGUGCUGUUUUGUAAAGUUUAGAUUGUAGAUAAUUUAUUAUUAAAUACCUAAUGGAAUUGUGGCAAUACGGGACAACUUACAUACAAAUUUACAAAUCAAACAAAGACUAGGUAGAAAGUUAAACCCGAA